UGAGCUAACAAAAUGGAGUGUGUACUGAUUAAGGUUGCAAUGUUGUUGUGUUACUACACAACUCAGUUGUGUUUCUUCUUUGUACUUAUAAACGUCUAUUGUAAUAUAUUCUUUUAAUAACGUCUCAUUAUACUGGCUUUGUAAGGUCGUAAUUUUAUGACGUCACCAGCCACUCGCAAUCUCCGACGAUGGUAAACUGCCACGCACAAUUUGCCCUGGCUGCAACAUUCAGCUACAGGCAACAGUUCAGUUUUUUGAUUUGCUGGUGGAAGGCCAGAGAAAAAUUAGGGAAAUGUGGAAAAAUCAGGUGGAGGGGCAGCGGAGGUUGGAGCAGGAGCGGCAGCGCGGCGACCAGAACGUGGGCGUGCUGGUGAGCGCAGAGACGUCCGUGCCGCGCGGCGAGCAGCACGGCGACGGCGACGACCCUUGCGACCGCAUCAUCAUACAGAAAACUCGAGCAGGGAUACGUGCCGCGUGUGCAGUCAUGGAGGACGGCACCAUGUUCACGACGGACCACGAGAUGGCCCUGAAGAUGCAGGGGCUGGAGCGGCCGCGCAAGAAGCGGGGCCGGCCGCCCAAGCCGCGCCUGCCCCCGGAGGAGCAGCAGCGCUCGGAGGAAGCGAUCGCCAAGGAGCCAGACUCCCCGGAGCAGCAGGACGCGGAGGAGACGGAGGAGGACGGCGACGGCCGACGACGCAGGAAGAGGAAGGUGCCCGUCAGGUUCCAGGAGGCCUUGCAGGGCAAGGAGCUGGAGCGCCUGUUCCGGGAGCAGGGCCUCAUCAACCAGGACGAGCCGGAAGAGCCGGAGGAGACGGAGGUGGACGAGAAAGGAGAGGCGACCGAGAACGUCGGCCAGGAUGAGGUGAUCGGCCACUUGGAGACGCCGGAGGGGCAGGACCUGGGUGAGCUGGUGAUCGUGAACCGCGGGCGGCGGAAGUACCGCCUGCGGGGCAGCAAGCGACGCAAGGUGCGCUUCGUCUGCGAGGUGUGCGGCAGGGAGUUCCAGCAUCGCGGGCGCUACCGGGUGCACAGGAGCUACCACAGGGGGGUGCUGUUCGAGUGCACCGGCUGCAGCAAGAGGUUCAUCUCCAGAGAGAGCUUCAGCGUGCACCAGGAGACCACCGGCCACAGCGGAGAAGGAAUCAUCGAGGGGCCGGAGAGCGGCUGCUCCGAGACGCAGAGCGAGGUCGUCGCGGACAACACCCGGGUGCAGUGCGAGAAGUGCGACAAGACAUUCCAGACCAAGCAGAGCUACGAGGUUCACGUGAAAGCCAUCCACGAGGGAUGCAAGCCCUUCUCUUGCGAGGCGUGCGGGCGUGUGUUCGCGUACCAGAACAGCCUCAAGAGUCAUGUCACGGCGUGUCACGAGGACAAGAGCGGGGGCGACAAGGAGCGCAGCUUCCCCUGCGAGCUGUGCGGCAAGCGGUUCAACCACCCCAGCUCGGUGGUGUACCACAAGGAGGCGGAGCACAACAACGGCCGGCGCUUCGUCUGCAACAAGUGCGGCAAGAGCUUCAAGCACCGCCAGCUGCUGCAGAGGCACCAGCUGGUGCACUCGGACGACCGGCCAUUCGUGUGCAAGGCGUGCGGGGCGAGCUUCAAGACAAAGGCCAACCUGCUGAACCACCAGCCCACGCACACCGGCGAGAAGAAGUACUUCUGCGAGCUGUGCGGCCAGCAGUUCGCGCACAAGACCAGCCUCACGCUGCACUACCGCUGGCACACCGGCCAGAAGCCGUACCAGUGCCACGUGUGCAGCAAGAGCUUCACGCAGAACGGCAACCUGCAGGAGCACCUGCGCAUCCACACGGGCGAGAAGCCGUACUGCUGCGACUACUGCGGCCGCAAGUUCACCACCUCCUCCCAGUUCAAGCUGCACGUGAAGCGGCACACGGGCGAGCGGCCCUGGAAGUGCGAGUUCUGCGGCAAGUCGUUCCUGCACAAGGACACGUGGCGGUGCCACACGCGGCGCCACAAGGGGGAGCGUCCCUUCCAGUGCCAGUACUGCGCGCGCAGCUUCACGGAGCAGUGGGCGCUCAAGAAGCACGUCCGCCUGCACACAGGAGAGAAGCCGUACACGUGUGAAGUGUGUGACAAAGCAUUCGCCGACUGUUCCAAUCUAACCAAGCACAAAAAGGUGCACCGCGAGAACCGCGCCGCGGGCGAGGAGGGCGGCCUCACCAUGAGCCGCGCGGUGUGGAACAUCAUCCAGUCGCAGCUGCCGAAGGGCGGCGGCGACGGGGAGGUGGGCGGGGAGGCGGAGGGGGCGGAGGCCCCGGAGGAGCCGGAGGGCAUGCAGCAGAUCAUCUACGUGACGUACCAGGACCCGGACGACCCCGACAACAAGACACUGCACAUCGUGGACGAGCUGCAGCCGGCCGACAGGAAGCACAAGCUGGACGUGUCCGACGUGAAGGCGGAGGAGGCGGGGGGGCAGAGCCUGGGGCUCGCCACUCAGCCGCUGCAGGUCAUGGACGAGCAAGGCAACCCCAUACAGUUCACCAUGCAGGACGGCCGCCAGCUGCAGAUCACGACGACGGAUGGCCAGUCGCUGCAGGUGACGACCCUGGACGGGCAGACGAUCCCCCUGCAGCUGACGGGGCCCGACGGCAGUCCCGAGAUCACCACGGAGAUCCACCCCGUCAGCCUCAACCCGGCGCCCGACAGCGCGCUGCUACAGCAGAAGGCGCCGGCGAUGGAGACGCGCGACGCUGCGGCCAAUCAGCUGGUGGGAGGGGAGCACACCUUCGAGUUCACGACCGAAGACGGGCAGAAAGUGCACUUCGUGACGACGUACGGCAUGGACCCAAUGGCGCUGGCAACAGAGUACUUGUCUACGGCCUCGUAGCGCAACAAGUAGCGCAGUGUACAUAUGCCGCAUCUGUACAUUUUGUACAUUUACAAACUGUAAACAAUUGUUGUUCUGUUAUUUUUUCCCGCCACAGUUAUUAUUUAUGUCGAUUGCAAGGUGGGCAGACACAGGUGUUAAGUUUCAUGGGGCCCAAGUCAGAAACUAUGAAGUAUACAAUGGUUGAACAGAGGAAAAAUGGACAGUUAACACACAAUGUAAAGAGCUGUGCAAUUCUGAUUCAGCUGUACGACGACGUUGUUUUAGAUUCCGGUACCAGUUCUUAUAAAAGAAAAAUAAACAAUGAACUAAAAACAUAAAUGAGGUUCUUCAUUUGUGUUACGUCAUUAAAUAAUUAUUGUAUAGAACUCAGGAACACAGAAAAGUGAACACACUUUGCACUAGCCUUAAAUGCUGUUGUCGUAUUUACUCAAACCAUGUACAAUUUUUCAAAAAUUGUGUUAUAAGCAGCUUCAUCAUAACUCAACAAUGCUGCAUGGCAACACUGCAUCAAACUGCAAAGUUGGUUAACCUGCUGUUGCUUACCAAAAGUUUAUGUUGAUCACCAAUGGUUGCUUAAAAAAACAAUAAGUAAUAAAAAUUCAAGAAAUAUGUAAAUCAAAUUUAUUUGUGUUACAGCAAUAAAAUUGUAUUUGGAAGGUGAGAA